AGAAAAGUAGGUACUCCGUUGGCUGUCAGCCUCCGUUGAACACAACUUAAUCCCAAACAUUAAAUCCGCGUCGGUUGUUGUGAAAGAAACACGCACCCGCUUCGUUUUAAAAUACUCGGAAGAUAAAAUUCGAAUUUAUUCCUCGUAAAUAUACCGAGUGUUUGUGUAUGUGUUUGGCUUAUAUUGGAAACAAUGUGAGGAGCAGGAUCGGUUUUUUUACUAUUUUACGGUAUGUGGUGGGUCAUGAUGUCGGUGACGGCGAUAGUGGGUGUUGCAGCGGAAUAUCGUGCUCCUAUAUCAUGCGAAGAAGCUCGCCUUAAAUGUGCAUACCGCGUCGGAUGUGGAAAGGCCCUUCAAAAUUACAUGGUCGGCUGUUCCGCGGUACUGCAAGGACCGGAAUCGCCAUCCUGCCCCGAGAAUUGCCAGCACGCCCUUAUAGCUCUGACAUCGACCGAAGAGGGACGCGAUCUAAUGAAGUGCGAAUGCAGCGAUGAUUUCUGCGAAGAUGCCAAGCGGAGGGUGGAGGUUUGCAGACCACAGGUGUUAAAGGCGACAAGAAAUGAGUCGGUAGUUUCGUGCCGGGUAGCCCAAUGGAUUUGUUCCGCGGACGCGUUGUGCUCAACGGCCUUGGAUUAUUACAAUCGAUACUGCAGAUCGAUGUUUCACGGGAAAAAGUGCACCCAUAGAUGUCUAAAUUCAAUUUCGAUCCUUCGACGGCAGGAAAAGGCCUCCAAAUUGGAAUCGUGCAAAUGCGACGGCCACGAGGAGUACGACUGUCCGCAGAUACAAAACAACAUGGCCAGGCUGUGCUUCCACAAGAACAUUAACCAAGUGACGCCAGAACCUGUGGGCGACAUAGAAACGAAUAACAUUAUAAGGGAUACGCGUACUUCCGUGGGUGUUUGUGGUGUUAUACGAACCAGUUUGUUCUUAAUUCUGGUACUCAAUACACUAACAUUUGCGGUGACGUGAUCAAAAGUCGCGUGUUCCUCCACCAACCACUAUCUACCUCGUUGCACACGUCAGUAUUUUGUAAUUUGAUCUGAACCUUUAAAAUUUAGUAGCCAGACCAAAGUUGUUGAAUUAUUAGAACCAGACGUUACUGAUAGUUCCUAAGAUCUGAUACAUUACCAUAGUAAACUGAAGUUGUAAAUUUCUUUGUACAGUGUGUAUUAUAUUUGCUUAGCUGUAAGUCACUCUUUAUAGUCAUACAGAUUAAGUUGUGUCAAUGAUAACUACAGGAUUUUUAGCCAAAGAGGCGCUUUGGGCUGUAUGUUGCUUUAAGUUAUUGAAAUGCUUUAAUCUCCUUUAAGGUGGUUGUUGAAUUCCUGUUUUUUGUUUUUAAUAGAUCCAGAUUGCAGAAAUCGUAGACAGAAUCUUUAUUUUGUGAGUACAAAAAGCUAAUGUCUUUAUCUAGUUGUCUAUUCUUAUGUAAAAUUAAUGUACAAAUUGUUAUAGUGUGAUUGGAUUUUAGAUAAAAGUUUAUAUUGUGAAUGUGACAGAAAAUAAAUGACUUUUUUUAUAUUCUCAGA